GUGGACGUGCCCAGUGCUCGAUUAACAAAAUACAUUAUAUUAUUAUGUUUCACUAAAUUUUUGAAGGCUGUGGGACUUUUUGAAUCAUAUGAUCUCCUAAAAGCAGUUCACAUUGUUCAGUUCAUAUUUAUAUUAAAACUUGGGACUGCAUUUUUUAUGGUUUUGUUUCAAAAGCCAUUUUCUUCUGGGAGAACUAUUACCAAACACCAGUGGAUCAAAAUAUUUAAACAUGCAGUUGCUGGGUGUAUCAUUUCACUCUUGUGGUUUUUUGGCCUUACUCUUUGUGGACCACUAAGGACUUUGCUGCUAUUUGAACACAAUGAUAUUGUUGUCAUCUCACUACUCAGUGUUUUGUUCACUAGCUCUGGAGGAGGACCAGCAAAGACAAGAGGAGCCGCUUUUUUCAUUAUUGCUGUGAUCUGUUUACUGCUUUUCGACAAUGAUGACCUCAUGGCUAAAAUGGCAGAACACCCUGAAGGACAUCAUGACAGUGCUCUAACUCACAUGCUUUACACAGCCAUUGCCUUCUUAGGUGUGGCAGAUCACAAGGGUGGAGUAUUGUUGCUAGUUCUGGCUUUGUGUUGUAAGGUUGGUUUUCAUACAGCUUCUAGAAAGCUCGCUGUGGAUGUUGGUGGAGCCAAACGUCUUCAAGCUUUAACCCAUCUUGUCUCAGUGCUCCUCUUGUGUCCAUGGGUCAUUGUUCUUUCUGUGACCACUGAGAGUAAAGUUGAAUCUUGGUUUUCUCUCAUUAUGCCAUUCACAACGGUUAUCUUUUUUGUUAUGAUCCUGGAUUUCUACGUCGAUUCCAUUUGUUUAAUCAAAAUGGACGUUUCCAAAUGUGCCCGCUAUGGAUCUUUUCCCAUUUUUAUUAGUGCUCUCCUUUUUGGAAAUUUUUGGACGCAUCCAAUAACAGACCAGCUUCGAGCUAUGAACAAAGCAGCACACCAGGAAAGCACUGAGCACGUCCUGUCGGGAGGAGUGGUAGUGAGCGCUAUAUUCUUCACUUUGUCCGCCAACAUCUUAUCAUCUCCUUCUAAGAGAGGACAGAAAGGAACCUUUAUUGGAUAUUCUCCUGAAGGAACGCCUCUCUAUCACUUUAUGGGUGAUGCUUUUCAGCAUAGUUCUCAGUCCAUCCCAAGGUUUAUUAAGGAAUCACUAAAACAAAUUCUUGAGGAGAGUGACUCUAGGCAGAUCUUUUACUUCCUGUGCUUGAAUCUGCUUUUUACCUUUGUGGAAUUGUUCUAUGGCGUGUUGACCAAUAGUCUGGGUCUGAUCUCAGAUGGAUUUCAUAUGCUCUUCGACUGUUCGGCUUUGGUCAUGGGACUUUUUGCUGCCUUGAUGAGUAGAUGGAAAGCCACUCGGAUUUUCUCUUAUGGGUAUGGCCGAAUCGAAAUUCUCUCUGGAUUUAUUAAUGGACUUUUUCUAAUAGUAAUAGCUUUUUUUGUGUUUAUGGAAUCAGUGGCUAGACUGAUUGAUCCUCCGGAAUUAGACACACACAUGUUGACACCAGUGUCAGUUGGAGGGCUGAUAGUAAACCUUAUUGGUAUCUGUGCCUUUAGCCAUGCCCAUAGCCAUACCCAUGGAGCUUCUCAAGGAAGCUGUCACUCAUCUGAUCACAGCCAUUCACACCAUAUGCAUGGACAUGGUGACCAUGGGCACGGUCACAGCCACGGCUCUACAGGAGGAGGCAUGAAUGCGAACAUGAGGGGUGUGUUUUUACAUGUUUUGGCAGACACACUUGGCAGUAUUGGUGUGAUUGUAUCCACAAUUCUUAUAGAGCAAUUUGGAUGGUUCAUUGCCGAUCCACUCUGUUCUCUUUUCAUUGCCAUAUUAAUAUUCCUCAGUGUUGUCCCACUGAUAAAAGAUGCCUGUCAGGUUCUACUUCUGAGACUGCCACCAGAAUAUGAAAAAGAACUACAUAUUGCUUUAGAAAAGAUACAGAAAAUUGAAGGAUUAAUAUCAUUUCGAGACCCUCAUUUUUGGCGCCAUUCUGCUAGUAUUGUGGCAGGAACAGUUCACAUACAGGUGACCUCUGAUGUGCUGGAACAAAGAAUAGUACAACAGGUUACAGGAAUACUUAAAGAUGCUGGAGUAAACAAUUUAACCAUUCAAGUGGAAAAAGAAGCAUACUUUCAACAUAUGUCUGGCCUGAGUACUGGAUUUCAUGAUGUUCUGGCUAUGACAAAACAGAUGGAGUCCAUGAAAUACUGCAAAGAUGGUACUUAUAUCAUGUGAGAUAACUCAAGAAUUAUUCUUAGGGUAUGAAGAAUGAGGACUAAAUGUAUUUAAUUAGUAUUUGUAAUAUUGCUGGAAGAACAAAAAUUGCACAUGAUUGUACAGAAACUUUUAAAACUCCCUACUAUUGGAUCAGGUAAUCUUCCUUGAAGGAAGUAUAAAUAUAGAAUGAAGCAGUAGUUGUACAAGUAAAAUAGUUAUUUGGAUUAUGUGUAUAAAAAGAAUAUUAAAAUUUGAAUGAACCUGAUAUAGUAUCUUCAAAAGUGGACACAUAAUGAUGGAUUCUAGUAAAAACCAAAAUUACUUGUGUGUUAACUUUGUAUCAAAAGGCAUCUCCAUUGUAAAUAUGUAUUUACAUGUUUAUUACAGAGACCCAAAUGAAAAAUUUUUAGUCAAUUUUUUGCAUAACCUAAGAUAAACUAGGAAUAAAGGUUCUAUAUUUGUGGAUUUUCUGUAUAUAAAACUGGUUUCUAAUUAUAACUUAAGUCCAUUAGGUAAAUCCUGUAUCGCCACUUUAAAUGUCAACUAAAUUUUUUUGGAGAAGCAUCAACCACUGAUACGAGAUAAGCAGUGAGAAUAGGGAAGAAUAACAUGACCGCUUUUGGUGUAUUACAGAACCAACCACUGUAAAAUAAAUUUUUUACUUUUGGUAAUAUUUGCAAAUGAAUAAUUAAUUUAUUAGGGUAAAGAACUUACACAGCGUGUGUCCAUGUUAUUCACUCACUCGUUAUCUUCCUCCAAAUUAGAAUAUUCCAUUUCUUAGUAUGCAUCUGGCACUCCAAGCUGCUUAUCAAGCUGAUACCCAAGCAAUGCUAGGCUUUUCAUCUUUUCAUUUAACUCCAUACAUGUGCGACAGCCAGCUGAAAAAAAAUUAUAGAUAGUUGUCAACUCCGAGUUGAAUUCUCUUGUUAGCAGUAUAACUUCUAAUUUCUGGAACAUUUAGAUAUAUAAAAAAAUCAAAGAAUAGGUAAUUAUUUCAAGGUCUAAUAAGUAAAACUUGUUCAGAAACAUUUGGGCACCAUGAACUCAAAUUAACCUGUAACUACUUUCUGUGAUGAUACCUAGUUUAUAUUUUUUCAUUCCCAAUUUUAACGGGUUGUGUAGUAUGAAAAGACUUUAUGAUAUUAAUAUAUAAUAUUUACAGUUUAUAAACACCAAAGAAUUUGUCCAAAAGAAACUUUAGAAUACUCUCUAUUUAUACGCAUCUGAGUAUUUUCACUUGUACACUAGGAAUUUUGAUAAGUAAGAUGAAUUUUUUACUAUGGGUACUAUUUUCUUAUCUAUACCAUAGGGCCAACAUUCAUUGUAAAUCAUAUUUUUGUCUUACCAAUUUUAAUAUUGAGGGGUUUUAGAAAUUUGUUGUAAGUUAUUUUAAUAUUCCUUGUCUUCUCUUUGCACAUUAUUUUGGUCCAGAAUCUUCAAUAUAUUAUUAAAAUUUUAAGUAGUGGGAAAAUAAUUGCAUAUUGAUAUUUUAAUGCAAUUUUUAUACAUUUAAACAUGUUAAGUAGUUAGAGAGGUACAAUAACUGUUUACACCAGUAUUUAAAUUGCCACUUCUCUUAGAAGGCAUAUAAACACCAAAAAAAGAAAAGUAAGUGUAAUCGAGAGAGAAUAGGAUGAGAGGGCGGGAGCUGAAGAAUAAGUGGGUACAAAUGGAAAAGAGGAAUUCCAGUAUUGAGAGGACCAAAGUACUGAUUUCAGCUCAUAUAAAUUAUGUGGCAUGAGGCAAAUCAGCCUCUCUGGGUAUCAUCCUCUUCCUCCAUAAAAUCUGCUCAGAUCUAUUUUACAGGGUUUGGAGGGGGGAAGGUUAAAAAGGGCAAAAUAAAAUUGAGCCUGAAUUAAGUAUUUUAA